AUGUCGACCGAAAAUCACACAUUUGUUGCGAAAAAGACAAGCAUUACGCGACCGACCGUACUGCAGUCGUUUAACACCGAAGUUAAUCCUAGUUCCUAUCGCGACGAAAUCCUUGAACAGCAUUCUUUCUUGGGAGACGGGUUUGAAAAUCAAUUUCAUUCGACAAGGAAGGUUUUUGAAGCUAAAGAACAGGAAAAGAACCAGCGAUCACCAACUGUCAGUGGUAGUCCAUCUCCUGCUCACCCCAGUUCCCCUGUGACCGAGCGGAUCCAGUCCUUUUCCGAGCUCAAGCAGAGAUUCGAAGCGGAUGGUAAUAAUAAUAAUGUCCAAGCGCUGUCCCCACGCGGGACGAGGCAUACGAGUUAUGGCGUCGGAAAUGCACGGCACAGCUGGGCAAGCUCGUCUAGUCCGAACAGUUCACGACGGAGCAGCGAUGCUUCGACGGAGUGUAGCGACAGAAACCGCAGGCCCAACGAUAUGUCGAUUAUUCGUGAAAAAAUCGCGAUUGCCAAAGAAGAACUUGCCGAAGCCAACGAACGCCGCGAUGUCGCCGAACGAGCGUAUGCCGAAGUCAAACAUCGGAUUAUGUUGUCGAAAUCGCAGUCCAGGUCGUUACGAGAUCAGAUUCGGUCGUUGGAAGAGACUAUGGAGCGAAAAGAGAAAAAAAUCAAUGAGGGCACAAAAAGAUUGGCUGCUAGAAAUGUAGUUAUAGAUCAAAACCGACGGGCUGCGAAGUUUUACGAGAAAGACAUCGAGCAUGAAUCGGAAAUGGUCGAUGAAUUGUCGGAAAAGAUCGAAGCGGCUAAAGAACGAAAGCGAGAAACCGUGCAACGAAUCCGCGGUCUCACCCAGCGGAUUCCCCCCGUAAAAGUAGCGAUCGAAAAAGCGGAGACGAGGCUUGACGAAGCGAGAAAAAAGUCGCGACGUUUUGAAGACAUUUUGACCAAAUCGUCGAUUCGUCUGAAAAAUGCCCGUACCUUACAAGCGAAUGCCGCCGAAAGAACGUCUUUUAAAGGACUUGAGGUUGCAGAAGUGCAUAAAAAAAUUUCUGAGCAAAAAGAGCGAUUAAAGAAAGCGAAAGCUGAUAUUAAUUAUGUGGAAUACAGAAAGGAAUUGUUAGUCGACCAAUUAGCAGAGUGCAGAAAUGAUAUCAGGAACGUUGUUGUGAGAUUGAAACCCCAUCAACAGCAGAAAGCUUUAGGGUUUAUGUAUACUAGACUGCCCAUGAGUGAAGAUCUAUGA